AUGUCCAUUCAAAGAAUAGGAAUAAUAAUUCCUAGGACACAGCCACUCUUUUUCCCUUUAAAACGACACUUAUCCACCAGAUCGUCACUUAUUUCUUUGCUUACCGAACAGGCUCUCUUAAAGCCAAAAGUACUUCCGCUGUACAAGCAAGCAGUUACCAUAAGAUCACAAUUAUGUUGGAAUUCUACUAAAUCGAAUCAUAAUAAUAUUCUGAAACCUGAAAAUGACAUCGUGCCUGACAUUAAAGGGCAGAUGCUUCGUGAUUCGAAAUCAUCCGGUUUCAAAGAUAUUCAAAGACUAUUCAGUCUAGCAAGACCAGAAUUACGAUAUAUUGCAUUGGCACUACUUUUUAUACUGAUUUCAAGUUCUGUGAGUAUGACAGUCCCAUCAAUCAUCGGUAAAUUGUUGGAUGCAGCUAAGAAAGGACAAAAAGAAAACGAGGAGGAGGAUUCUAAAACCAUCGUACCAGAUAUUACUUUUUUUGGCUUAACACGAACCCAGUUUUAUACAGCAUUGGGUGUCUUGUUCCUUGUUGGUGCUAUAGCCAAUACAGGGAGAAUUAUUAUCCUUAAAGUAACCGGUGAACGACUUGUAGCUCGAUUAAGAACAAGAACAAUGAAAGCAGCCCUAGACCAAGAUGCGACUUUCUUAGAUGCGAAUCGAGUAGGGGAUUUGAUAUCCAGGCUAUCUUCCGAUGCAGCUAUCGUAUCGAAGGCGGUUACUCAAAAUGUAUCAGAUGGUACAAGAGCAAUUAUUCAAGGGUUUGUUGGAUUUGGAAUGAUGGGAUAUUUGUCCUGGAAAUUAACCGGUGUAAUGAUGCUGAUGGUACCGCCAUUGGGAAUUAUGGCUCUUGUGUAUGGGAGGAAAAUAAGGAACUUAUCGAAGCAAUUACAAGAAUCUGUUGGUGGGCUAAGUAAAGUUGCAGAAGAACAAUUGAAUGCUACUAAAACAAUCCAAGCGUAUGUUGGUGAAAGACUCGAAAUUCAUCGCUAUGCCACCGAAGUUCGAAAUGUCUUUAGAAUUGGGUUAAAGGAAGCAGUGACAUCCGGUCUAUUCUUUGGAUCUACAGGAUUGGUUGGAAAUAUAGCUAUGAUCUCUUUACUGCUGGUCGGUACUAACAUGAUUCAAAGUGGGACACUUACUGUAGGUGAGUUAUCCAGUUUCAUGAUGUAUGCUGUCUAUACGGGUAGCUCUUUGUUUGGAUUAUCGAGCUUUUAUUCCGAGUUAAUGAAAGGUGCAGGUGCAGCGUCAAGAGUAUUUGAAUUAAAUGAUAGGAAGCCCUUAAUCAAAUCAACUGUAGGGAUUGAUCCUAAAACCCUUUUCGGCAAAUCAAUAAAGUUCGAGAACGUGAGCUUCACCUAUCCAUCGAGGCCAAACCAUAAAAUAUUUGAUAAUCUAAAUUUGGAGAUUAAUCCUGGAGAACAUGUCUGUAUUGUAGGGUUCUCAGGGAGUGGGAAAUCGACGAUAGCUUCUUUGCUUUUAAGAUACUAUGAUGUUAAUAAUGGUUCGAUAAGAAUUGGAGACAAUGAUAUAAGAAAUUUCAGUUUACGAAAGUACCGUCGGUUAAUCGGUACUGUCCAACAAGAACCUUCCUUAUUCAACGGUUCCAUUUUGGAUAAUAUUAUAUAUGCCAUACCGCCUGAACUAACAUCAGAGAAGCAGCAUGAAAGGGUUCAGUUAGCGAUUAAACAAGCGAACUGUAAUAUUUUCCUUGGAAAGUUUCCAGAUGGUUUACAGACUUUAGUUGGGCCGAGAGGUGCUCAGCUAUCCGGUGGUCAGAAGCAGCGAAUCGCACUGGCUAGGGCCUUCUUGUUGGACCCUACACUUUUGAUUCUCGACGAAUCAACAAGUGCUCUGGAUUCUUUGAGUGAGGAAUUGGUUGCAAAGACUUUGCAAGCAAGAUCAGCCAGAGGCCUGACAACUAUCUCAAUUGCCCAUAGACUUUCCACAAUUAAACAUAGUAGUCGAGUUAUAGUCAUUGGUAAAUAUGGUUCCGUUGUUGAAUCUGGGCCGUUCGAUCGUUUGAUAGAUAAUCCGAAGAGUGAAUUGAAUAUGUUACUGUCGCAACAAAAUGAACAUAUCGAUGAAGAUCCAAGUCAAGAAAAACAAGAACCUGAAGAAGUAACCCUGGAAAAGAGGGUUUGA